UGGUUAGCGAGGUAUUAGUGUAUUACCAACACGAAUAUUAGUGGACAACGCAGUUGUACUUUAGAGUUUCAACUUUCUGAAGUUAUUAACAAAAUGAGGCUUUAUUUUUUUACUGUUGCUUUCGUUCUCGUUGUUUACAUCUCAUCUGCAUUAGGCGAUCGGGUCGAUUAUACUGGUGAUGCAAUCGUGAAUCAAAUUGGCAUCCAGGGUAAUGGCUUCUUCCAUCGGUUGACUGGAGAAAGUGUUUGUUCGAGGCCAGGAAAUCCUGAAUUCCCUGCACUAGCAAGCAUAGUUUUUUGUUUUGGAUUUGCAGCUCUUUCAGCAUUUUUAGGGCUGUCUGUUGCCCAUGGUGCCUUCCUUUCAGGGUCCGACUGUCACAGCCGAGAACGCAAUGUGAUUCUGCAAAUGAUGACGCCAUGCUAUUUGUCGGCUAUUCUUCUUUCCCUCAUUUUUGGGACGACAUUUGUCAACGUUGUGAUCUUUCGAUUUUUACUUCAACCGUGGCCUGCUGCCUGUCUUUCAGGAGUGAUUUCGGCCCAAAUGGAAGAAUUCUCUUUUCUGUUGAUUUCCUUUGGCGAGGAGCUGAGUAUUCUCAACAAAGGGCAGCGGCAACUUCUCAGGACAUUCACAAACCUUUCCCUGGCAAUCAUUACCCUUCGGGUCACAUUAGAUCAGUUUUUGGAGGCUAUACGCGUCCUUCACGAAUGCACUCUUCAUGGUUUUUCACGGGGAAUUCUCCGACGGUUUUUUAUUACUUAUUACUGGAUUAAAAGUAAUUCCAUCAUCACAAAUAUCAUCGGAGAUAAGUUUCAUGUUUUGGAUUCUUGUGCCUAAACAAUCUGUUCCUGGAUAAAAUCACGUUUUGAUGUGAGGUUUUGAUUGAAAUGGGAGACGGAGAAGCUACCUUCUUAUCAGAUGGAAAGAAUUUUUCUUUCCUCGAUUGGAAUGAAGGUGGUGCCCAGGUAAGAACAGCAGCCUCACUUUGUAAAAAUGCCAAUUUUGUCUGGACUGUACGUGGCAUUCAGGAAUAACUAUAAUAAAGAAAAGUUUUCCCAAUAAACUUCCAUCAUAGGACUUUUAGGAGGAAAAGAAGCGGUAGCCACCUUUGAAAAGAAAAGAUCUCCGCGCUUUCAGUCUUGAGCUUUCCCCGCAUUAGACGAAACCAAACGAUGGAUGUUUUCUCUCCCCAAAGCACGAUUGCGGGAUACUGGAUUGUUGUGGAAGCAGCCUACCUGACAACGAGUCUCUUUCCUCUAUUAAUGACGGCCACAGGCACAUUCUCCCCUGCACGUGUUCUGAUUUGAGGGGCUGGAGUGGCAGUUUUUCAAGCAAUCGUCACUGCCAAACGUUUAAGAGCGAUGGUCUCCACUUUAGAUUUCAAACCCACCGUUCGUGUAAAGUCGUAAGCUUAGGUGUUGAGUUCAUGAUAGUUGAAGCUCAACAAUCCCAUGAAGACAAAGGGAGAUAUGCUCAGGAAAUAUGCAUACCCUUAAAAGGAAAUGACCUAUUAAAAGCAACAAGCAGAGGUUUUUGCAGCAUUUUUCCACAAUAGACGAUUCGAAUGGAACAGCCCUCGUUCCAGGAAAACAUCUUUCCCAAUCGCUUUCUGGAAAGCAUACCUACUUGUUAAAAUCAGGGUCUGUGGUGAUUGAUUUGGCGGCCCAUGCAGGAGGAAACUGUGCCCUUAGCCGUCUCGCUGAAACGAUUGUCACACCCCAAGGAGUCACUAUUGCGGGAGAAGGAAAUGCGCCUCGUCAUUUACCAGGAGAUACGUCGUCUUUUUAUGCCCGUAAUCUAUUACGUUUUUAUUUGCUUUUGGGGGGAUUCUGAGAAAAAAAACCUCCGAAAAGAUUUCAACGAUGAGCUAUUGGAGCCGAAGUGUCUCUCGUCCCUCUCUUUUCAAAACAAAGCAUAUUAAAGUGCCCUCCGUUUCUGCCUGAUAACGCUGCUCGUGUUUUUCAUGUUUGUAAAUGCCUUAUUGUUAAUGGUCUUAAAGACUGGAACCUUCCGAAGAUUUUUGAAAUCAUUGGUCGUCCUUUGAUGGAACAACGAGGAGGCUUUCGUUCCCUGGUUCCUUUAGCAGAUAUAGGCGUCAUGGGAUUUGAGGUGAUGAACACUUUUCUCUUCUCAUGAGGCAUUUACGACACACACGAGAUUAUUUACACGCUUUUAGGGGGGAUUGAUGUGAUAAUACCCCUUUCUAGUUUUUUUCAAGAAUUUUUCUCCUCAACAAAUCAUGAAACUGUCAAUGAUUGUUCUUUUAGGAUCUCUUUUUCUCUUUUUUAUCCAUUUACAUCAUACCUCUCUUGUUAAUGACGCCGUUUCGUCUUUGGAUCAUCUUUUGGGGCAUAAAUUUUUGGUUUCCCCUAACCAUCUGAAAAUGACGUUUGUUUCCGGGAGAGGCCAGAUUUCUUUCUCUUGAGUGAUAUGGGGUCUCAGUUGGAGAGCGGUCUUUUGGGACGUAACAUCCCCUCCAUCUUUUUUGUCAAUUUCUAUCUGAUUGGCUAUUCUUGGAUGGCUUCUGUUUAUAUUGUUGUUUUGGGGCUUCUAACCCUCUGAGCACUUCGAACGCUGUUAAAAACAAUGACAGCUCUUGAUUCUGGCCUCACAAUCCUUUACCUUCAGAAAAUGUAAGUCGCCAACUUGGUGAAAUGGUGGACUCAACAGACUUGAAAUCUUUCGACCUUCGGUCAUGCCAAUUCGAGUCUGGCAGCGGGCAACACCCUGAAAGUCAUGAGAAAUACGGGGUUGGGGCGAGUCAAAGAGACUGGGCUUGUUCCUAAAAAAUCCCUAAAAAAUGGUCUUAUUCCCGUCACGUUGGUGACAAUCUGAAGACAGACAUCGCAUGACAAAAGAGCGGCUAACAAAUAUUCUGGGUCCAACGCAGCAGACUGAUAUGCCCAAGCUUUUUGUUGAAGCACUUGUUCCGGAAGCAAAAAACCUCAUUGUAUGGGAUACAGAAAUGAAAGGUUUUGGCGUUGUCCUCCUUCCCAGUGUAAAAACUACCUAAGUACAGCCGUACAGGAAUGAUGAGCGCAUCCAAAAGCCCGUCAAGAUUGAGGUUCAUGGCCAGAUCACGGCUGAAGUGUAAACCCGAUGUGUAAAAGUAAAAGUGAAAACAGUGCCAAUCUGCGUAAAAUCUCGGGUCAACUAUCUGUUAUACGAGAAAAAGUGAAAAGAUGUUUAAUCGCGGUACGAACAAACCAAAAGAAACGUUUUGAUCAACAACAUUGAUGUGUAACUAAUGCUUUAAUUUGUUAUAGGGUGAUAGUGGCGUAAUUUUGAAAGAUUUGUGGCCGCCAUGAUUGGAAGUUCUCUUUUUUACUUUUUUGUAAAUGAAAUGUGUACAGUAGAUAAAUUAAUUAUUAAUUCAAGUAUAUUUUUAAAUUAUUAAUUUGUUAUAUUGUUAAUUAUCAGGCACAAUUAGUUUUAGCACACUUUUGAUUUUGAUAAUAAAUUCUAGCUUUUUUUGACAGCUUUUUUAAAAGUGUGGUGUUGGUAACGGGAGUUCGAUGCAUUUUAUGACUGUACAUGGUACAUGCUGUACUGAAAAGUAAACUCGCCAUUUGGCUUAUACUAUGUUGGUCAGGUACUAGCACAUCAUAAACUGUCUCAACAAGCGAGUAUCCGGGUAGCCAUUGGAACCAACGAACCUUUGGAAUAUCGCUAAUAGUCUUAACAUGUAUUUAGUUUUCGGAGCUUACUUCCAGUUAUUAAGAACAGGCUAGUAAACACACAAAGUCCUCCAACGCCUUUUAUUCGUUUUGGGUGCUAUAUAUUACUUGCUGUAUAUUGUAUACAUUGUUUUCUACAUUUUUUGUGCCCUUUGAGACCUUUCUUUUUGCGGUUUAAAAAAUAAAAACUUUUAAAUGUAAUUUUGGGGAGGAUGUCAAACUUUUUUAAAAAAUAUGGUUGAUAAAAAAAACAUCAAGCUUUUCAAACUGAGGAAAUAUUUUAAGCACCUUCUCUUCUACAAGAAGUGGAUUUUUUUUGUUCCGGCAUCUGAUGAUCAGAGUCGCAAAUUUUAUUCACUAAUUUCUACACUGUAAGAAAUUCUUAAUAGGAAACUCUAUUCUUCAGCUAAAUCACAAAACAAAAAAAAACAAUUUCGUCAUAACUAAUAAAAUAUUUUCCAACCUGUAGACUGUCGAAAAAGACAGACAUUGUCAGAAGAUAAUACAAAACCGAAUAAAAAUAUCCAAAAGAAAACUAAAAUAGAGCCAGUAGGUGUCGUGGAAAUCAGUCAGAUAUCAAAACAAUAAUAAGAAAAGCGUCUGAUGGAAUUUAUUUCUGACGGGAUUUAUUAAUAUGCCUUCGGGAAAUUUUAAUUACGCCAAACAUUCAUAUUUAACCGGGAUUCUUUCAUAUGGAGCAGUUACACAUCCUGCGUUGUGCAUUCUCCGAAAAUGCGAAAAUAUAAUUUGUAUCCGAUUUGGUCUGUCGCCUACAGCGUCUUAUGGGAAAACCAACUUCUCCUCGGUAAAAAUAUUGUUUUCUUAUCUAUGACUCUGAUUUCACUCCCCUUUUCUUCCUAACGGUGAAUACUUUAUUCAUUUCUCUCUUAACUAAAUUUUAUUUCUAUCCCCAAUUCGAUCUAGUUAAUUUUAAUUAAAUUUUGUUUGUGACUGGUUAUUUUGUUGUCUCCUGUAGCAGAAGAAUUUCGUUCGUAGCGUGGACGAUGCUGUCUAGAAACGUCUGCUACAGGAGACGAACAAAAACACCAGUUGAUAUAACAAAAUAGAAUAUCAGUUACCAUAUUGGUAUUUUUGUUGUAAGAGUUAUCUUUUUCUAGUCACCUAUUUCAUCAUGAUCGGUGACCAGUGAUGCUAAGAAUCUGUCGCCAGAAAUCCCAAAUAUGUUAAAUGGUUCAAUUUCGGUAGAUGUAAAUCCGGAUAUGAUAUUUGGAGUGAACGCAGCAAUAUAUGGUUGUCUUGUAAAUUCUGCAACUUCUUUAACGACAAUCCUUUUACUCGAAUUUGUCCUGUAGCCACUCAUUGUGGCUUAAAGCUAGAGCUUUUUUUAAUGGCCCAUAAACAUUGACGUCAAAUGGCUUUAAGGUGUGGGAGCAAUUUGGCGGUAAAAUGAUUCCGUUUUUCUUUGCAAACAUCACUGCUGGGUAGUACGUUGAGUUGCAUAAUUGUCCAUU